UUUGCAAAUAGAUGAAUUAUAAUUCUUGUAUCUCUACACUGAUGAAGGCAUUCGUUUUUAAAAACCAAUAAUUUGCUCAAAAUCUAAGGGUAAACGAUAUGUUUCGAAGCCGUUCUGGUUCCUGGUUCGGCGGGAGUGGAUCGAAGCCCAAAAAUCCACAUUCACUGGAACACCUGAAAUACCUCUACAAUGUUAUGAUAAAAAAUCAAACAGUUAGUGAAAGCAACAGGAGCUUGCUAGUUGAAACUUUGAGAUCCAUAACAGAGAUUCUUAUCUGGGGAGACCAAAAUGAUAGCUCAGUUUUUGAUUUUUUCCUGGAAAAGAAUAUGCUUUCAUUUUUUUUGAGGAUUAUGAAACAAAAAUGUGGAUCAUUUGUUUGUGUCCAGCUGUUGCAGACUUUGAAUAUUUUAUUUGAAAACAUCCGCAAUGAAACUUCAUUGUAUUAUUUAUUAUCAAAUAACCAUGUCAACUGCAUAAUUGUGCACAAGUUUGAUUUCUCUGACGAGGAAGUUAUGGCCUAUUAUAUUUCAUUUCUAAAAACUUUGUCACUGAAAUUAAAUAUUCACACCAUACACUUUUUUUUUAAUGAGAACACCAAUGAUUUUCCACUUUACACUGAAGCAAUAAAGUUUUUCAAUCAUUCUGAAAGUAUGGUACGAAUUGCUGUUCGGACACUUACCCUGAAUGUUUAUAAGGUUGGAGAUGAAGCAAUGCUCAAUUUCAUCCGUGACCGAACAGCUGCCCCUUAUUUUUCAAAUUUGGUCUGGUUUAUUGGAAACCAUAUUGUGGAAUUGGACAAUUGCGUUCGUGCUGAUGCUGAUCACCAAAGCCGAGGUCGACUUUCAGAUUUAGUUGCUGAACACCUAGACCACAUACAUUACGUAAACGAUAUUCUUUGUCUCUCGAUUGACAAUUUGAAUGAAGUUCUGGUUGAACAGCUCUUCCAACGCCUUUUACUCCCCCUGUACAUCAAUUCGCUCAAUAAAGGACAAGUUCAAACAAAAAGCGGAGACCGCCCUAUGGUUAGUCGAGUCGUUUCCCUCUUUCUUCUGAGCCAGAUUUUCCUCAUCAUUCAUCACAAGCCUUUAGUAGUCACUAUUCUUAAGUUACUCAUCAAUUUCGAAGGAAACCAGAUUAUGCCAAGUGGUUCUAAUCAUGAAAGCUCUGUAGCCAUCGAAGAUAAUAUCACUGAUGAAGAAAAAGAGCAGCGAAUGUCAUCUUCUACGGCUGUUAGUUCCAACAGCAUAAGUAACUUGACUUCUCAUUUGGAAACAAUUCUCGACUGCCUCGACCCGGCCGAAAAUGAUUAUGAGGCUCUUUUUGGACUUAGUCUUCUUUACGCCAUAGGACAAAACAGAGGUGUCAACGAAGAUCAACCUUUUUGGAAUACGACCGAAUGGAAGCCGAUUCUGAUUGCAAAACUUGUUCUGUUACUGACAUCUGCUUGUCAGAUGACGAGCAAGAUUCGCCCAGUUACUGUUGAUCUUGCUAUCAACUUGCUUAUUGCAGUGGCUAUAACGAAUCAACCGAAUCACCAUGGACUGGAUGACAAGAACCUUGCUGUCCUGGAACAGGCUAAAGAAGAAAGCAUCAUGGUGGCUCGUACCUUUUUCAAGUCGGAAGAUAUGUUUCUCGAAUUGUUUGAAGCAGAGGUCAAUGAGAUUAUCAAGCGCCCGUUACAGGUUGAGUAUCUUCUGCAAGAUUCGUCUAUCCUACUUCCUCCUACUGGGACGCCGAUGACCGGUAUCGAAUUUACAAAGCGUCUCCCUUGCGGAGAAGUGGAAAGGGCUCGUCGAGCCAUAAGAGUGUUUGUGCUGAUGCGACGCUUAAGUAUAGCGAUCAGCGGGGAAGUCGAAACACAACUUCCUCUAGUCUGUGUGCAGCAGUGCAUAAAAAUAUCUGAUAUUCUUGAUUUAAACAACUCGGAUUUGAUUGCGUGCACCGUGGUAAACCGAGAGGGUACGAGGCUGCGGCGAUUCUUGGUUAUUGACCCCAUCCAGUUGAUUUUAGUUGAACCUGAUUCGAGACGACUUGGUUGGGGAGUAGCCAAGUUUGUUGGUUUCUUACAGGAUGUUGAAGUGACCGGGGAUAAAGAUGAUUCACGUUGCCUGCAUGUGACCGUCCAUAAUUCACCGACGUCAACGACGUUUCUUUCGGAUCGGAGUCCUGCACACAGGUUGCCACAGUUAGCAGCUCGGUUUGUCUUCGACGACCAUAUCAGAUGUAUGGCUGCUAAACAAAGAUUAAGUAAAGGUAGAAUCAAAGCUCGACAGAGAAAAAUGCAUUUGAUCGGCAAAAUACUGGAUGUGAAUACCUCCACUCCGUCCUCACCACCGCCUGGAACGUUGCAUGCUUUGCGACAGGAUUCCAUUGCCCGACAUGCUAUUUUGGGUCGUGGGUUGCCUGGAAAUCUAGGAAUCUCACCUACCGGAACUGCCUUCCCUUCACCCUUUGGCAUAAGACCAGUCGGAUUCCGCCGUGCUCCUGGUCUAGCCGUAACAGGUAGAUCAGAUACACCCGUCCGACCACGCUCUUCCUCUGCUCACCCUACUGUCCAAAGAGGAAAUGGAAAUAAGGAAGCCAUACCACUCACGGAGCUAUCUACUUCAGCGGACCAUUCUCAAAACAGUGAUCAACAAGAUUCUUCUGCGGGCCAAGCUGCAAAUCUGUAGAUUACUAAUUAAAAAACCGGAUGAAAUUACUAUCAACGCCAUCAAGCCGGUUGGUGAUAAAUUACAGCAUAGGACGUAUUUUGUAUUAUAGUUGAUUGUCUCUACAAAAAUAUUACACAUAAUUCGAAAU